GUCAUUCCCUCUCAGCAUGGCAUAACGCCAUUCACUGUUUAGUAUCAGAUUAUAACAACGCAUUUACGGGUUAAAACAAAAUAAUACUGUUAUUCUACAUUUCUAAGGAGUAAUUUUUACACUGUGAUUAUAUAAGAAUCGACCUGGUCAUGUCUGGAUAUCCUUUCAACAACCAACCAGGGUAUUACCCUCCACCAGGUCAGAUGUACCCUGGGCUUCCACCUCAAGGAGCGCCUGUCCCUGGAGCCCCUUACCCAAUUGGUUUUAGUCCAUAUGGCAUGCAACCCGGUCAAGUUCCUGGUCAACCUAUGGGUCAGCCUCCAAUUAGUGCGAUGUCGUACCCAGGGUUAGCUGGAGCCGCACCAUCAGCCCCGCCUCCAGCGUAUGCUUACCCUGCGUAUCCUGGGGUUCCUCAACAACCAACAUUUGCGCCCACUGUCGAAUGGGUACCAAGCACCAAUACCACAGCGCAAUCCCUCGCCGACAGGGCCGUAGUCGCUGGCUACGAAGGCCACGAUGGUAGCCCAUUGUGGGUCAUCAGAGCAAGGUUCGAAGGUGACCUGAUCCCUGGUAAAUUGGCUAUCAAACACAAGUCAGCGUAUGUGGCGUGGGGCGGAAAAGAAAAUCCAGUACAGAACAUAGAGGUCUGCUGUGCUCGUCCAGAAACAGUGAAGUGGGUGGAGAGCCGCGACGGCCACGUGCCGCCGAAUGCGGUCGCCGCGGGCACCACGGACGAGGGGGAGCCUCUGUACGUGGGCAGGGCCAAACAACAGGGCUCCCUGACUCCGGGGAAGAUUCACCAGAGUCACAAGGUACUCUAUAUUUCUUUUGCUGGGCAAGAAAUACCUCAUUCAGUGUACGAAGUUUUGUGCACAGCUUAAAGACUCUAAGAACCACAGAGCACAGACGUCUGGGUUGAUCAUAGGAAUAAAUGAAUAAUGCAUUUGCACUUUGUGUAAUCUGUCGGCUGUUGGUUUUUCCAUUGUCUUAAACCUUGUAGACGCCUAAUUUAAUCUUGUUAUUAAAAAAAAUGGCAAUACUUUGCCGAUCAAAUUGAAUUUAUAAAAUGCAAAAAGUCUUUUUUGCUCAAAAUGCGUUUGCAUCGAGAUGGGUAAAGUAUAGUCACUUUUUGUACAGAUCGCAGCCGCAUAAUAUUAUUUAUACUAUUAACUUGCAUUUCAUUAUUAAUAUAUAAAGAAAUGUUGUUCCAUUUUUUUAAUAAAAAAUCUCAUAAUCGAGACUAAAAACAAGCCAACAUUUUAAAGUAUUCUCAACUGUGGCUUAUAUUAUUAUAUAAGUGUAUACAGGUCAUGCCUUAAUUUAAGUAAUAUUUAAGGAAGGGGGAGUUAUUAAGGCCAAAACAAGCCCAACUAAGUAUUUUUAGAGUUAUUGUUAUAGAGAAUGAUACUUGUUGCGUAUUUAAAGAAAUACAUAUUUUUUAAGAAUUUUGAAAUAUUAAGUAAUUAUUCCGUAGUAGGUAGGUACUUCGUUGUUUCAUAAAACAAGUUUCAAAUAUCUGUAGAUAAUAUACAAUUAUCUUAAAUAAGUUCAUUAUUGCAGCCAAGAAUGAACUCGGCUCAAACCAUACCAACAAAAUUUAUUACAAAUGUUUGUAAUGUGUGCUUUGUUUCAAUUAUGUUUUUUUUUAUAUAUUUUUUCUUGCAAAUAAAUAUUCUUUUUACAAUUA